ACAAGUCACGGAAAUUUUAAAAGUACAGCAUAGGGAAGAAGUUGUUGCAAUAACUUGUACGAAGACAGAUGGUGAGGACACUUCUCCUGAGGAGUGCUGUGGAAUGUACAGAAUUGCUGAAUCACUAAGUUGGACUCCUGAAACUAGUGUAACAUUGUGUGUUGACUCUACUUCAGUAAAUAUUCAAGAAUAGAGGUUUUGGAUAGAAAUCACGAUGGAUCGUGAAAGGCAGUGAUACAGCCGUUCCAAAAAUAAAGGCACCUCUGCAAAGAUGACAGAUUUCUCAAAUGUUCUUCAAUGUUAAUUUUUUAAAGAUUGAUUUAUUUAUGAGAGAGAGAGAGAGAGGGCACACUCAUAGGUGUGAGCAGAGGGGAGAGGCAGCCGGACUCCUCGCCGAGCCCAAGCCCAUCACAGGACUUGUUCCCAUGACCCCAAGAUCGUGACCUGAGCCAAAAUCAAGAGUUGGAACUUCACCCGACUAAGCACCCCAGGCGCCCCUCAAAUGUUCUUGGGUACAAAACGCACCCUGGCAACACUUGGGGUGGUAGUACAUAGGUGACCCUGUCAUCGAAGCAGGGGGGUGCCCUGAGGGCCCGAGCAUGGGAGCUCAGGAUGGUGGGAGGGCGCCAAGCCCCCCUUCCCACCGUGCGUGGUGCCAAGACCCUCCCGGGGAGCAAGACCUUCAGGGUGAAGGGCUCAGUGUAGACAGAACCCCACUGGCCCGCACGGAUGACACGGGGGACUCGCUGUCGGCUGAACGGUGCGCCCCAGGGUUCCGCCGCUGCCUGGCGCGCACUCUGCUCUGUGUCCACAGGCAGCUGGAGACGCUCUCACUCUCUGUUCCCUGCUCUGCCACAUGUUCACUGACGCACUCCCCCCACAAACCCCGUGGAGACAGCAGGCGCGGCUCCCACAGCGACAGGUCACAGGGAUACUCACUGGCCGGCCAUUCCAUCCAGCCCCGCGCUGCCAGCCCCAGGCUUGGGGACGCCACCCCAAGCAUCAUCACCAUGAACCAGGACCUGGAGACCCUGAUGGCCUUGGAAUGGACCCACAUCCUAGCCAGUUACAAUCAGGCACGCCCAGCGGGGUCUCCAGGGGACGCCCGGGAAGGUGCUGACCUCUCGUUGUGCAGGCUCACGGACCAUCACGGCUUCCUGCAGGAGAAGGAGCUGCCCGGCCUCAGCCCCCACGAGGCCAAGCAACAUUACCAGGAGACCCGCAGGGCCGAAAAGUGAGCAAAGAUGCUUCGCAACUGGGACCACUGCGGGCCCAGCGAGAAGAUGCGUCGGCGCCUCUAUAAAGGGGUCCCUCCCCAGGUGAGGGGUCAGGUGUGGGCCCUCCUGCUCGAUAUUGAAAACGUGAAGUCCACCCACCAGGGGCUCUACGAGAAAAUGAAGGAGCGGGCCCAGGUCUUCUCCAAGAACAUCCGGCAAAUCAACCUGGACGUGAACCGCACCUUCCAGAACCACAUCAUGUUCCGGGACCGCUAUGGCGUCGGGCAGCAAGCCCUGUUCCAUGUGCUCUGGGCGUAUUCAGUCUAUGACCCCGAGGUGGGCUGUCAGGGGAUGAGUGACAUGGUGGCAAUCCUGGUCAUGUUCCUGGGUGAGGAAGACGCCUUCUGGGCCCUGGCGCAGCUGAUGACCUUGGAGACCCACACCAUGCAUGGGUUCUUCACUCCGGGAUUCCCAAAGCUGGCCCGUUUCCAGCGGCAUCAUGAUGACAUCGUGGAGAAGGAGCUCAAAGGCCUGAAGAAACACCUGGACGAGCAAGGGAUGAGCGCGGGGCUGUACACCACCAGGUGGUUUCUCCAAUGUUUCAUCAGCCGGACCCCCUUCAUGCUCACCCUGAAGCUGUGGGACGCCUACAUGCUGGACGGAGAGCGUGUCCUCACAGCUAUGGCCUACACCGUCCUCAGGCUGCACCGCAAACACCUCCUGAAGCUGCCCCUGGAAGGGCUGCAGGGCUUCCUUCAAGACACCCUGGCCCAGCCCUGGGCCCUGGAGGAUGAGGCCGUCCUCAAACACCUUCGGGCCUCCAUGGCCCAUCUGCGACGGAGGAAGUGCGACCUGCCCCUGCCAGCCGGCCCUGAGGAGUUCCCAAGAUGCCCGGGCCAGGAGCAGGUGUCCCCAGCCCCGACGGCCCUCCUCCCUUCUCCUAUCCUGGAGACGCUCUCUGGAGCGGACGGGCUGGCCUCCCCAGGCCCAGCCACACACGCUGAGCAGCCGGGACCCCUUCCCCGCCAGGCCGUGCUCAAGGCCGAGCAGCCACUGCAGGAGGGAAGGUCGACGCAGCCCUUGGCUGCACCCCUGUGGCCAGAAGCCCCUGGGACCCUAGUUCUGGCACAGCUGCCCCCAGCCCAGGACCCCUCGCUGGCCCGGCUACCCUGGCAGCGAUGCAGUUCCCUCCCCAACCUGCCAGGACACCAGGGGGGUGCAUGCAGGGGGCCUGUGGACAUGGCCUUGAGGCCACAACACUGGGUCCCUUUCCCUUUAACCCCUGCUGGGGCCACCCCUAUGGCCACACCCCAGACAAGGCCCCAAAACGUCCCUGGGUCUCCUGGGACAGGGUCCCUCCAGCCCAGGAGGGAGGAGGCUGUAGGGCCCAGGACACCCUUCCUGCCCUAGGGCCUCGCAAGCUCCUGCCCCUGUGUGGGCUUCGACCAGCCCAGCCGAGACACAUGCGGGCCAGCGUUGAGCCCGCAGCCCCAGGGCCCCGAGCCUGCCCAGGCCCCUCUGAUCUCCUCCUUGAUGGGGAAAGUAGAUGCCCCUCGGCCUCUGGAGAAGAGCGUGGGGGCUGAGAGGCUCUGGGCAGCCAGCACGGUGCCCUGCCUCCUCACUCUCAACUUCUUGGAAGAUGGCACCCCCUCCAGGAGGUACCAAGUCACUGACCUAGAGGGACCUUCUCUGGCCUGACCCCAGGCCCCUGGGAGCAGAGACAACACGAGCUCCCCCAUGACCAGAAGGAAGACUGAUGGGUCUCAGGCCCCGUGGCCUUGGGCAGUCCUGAGUUCUGACCCAAAGCUGCUCAAGUCCUUGAAGGACUCUCUGUGUCCACCUGGGGCCUGAGCAUGCCCCACGGGUGCACGACUCCCACCUAGGUCAGCUCUGGGGACCACAGGUCACCCCAGCCUGGGCGCAUGGACAGGCAGGUGGGUCCUGCCCUCCCCUCCCCAACAGGAGGAGGCAGGGACCACCAGAGCGCGGGUCUCCAGCGGUCACCUGGCAGCUGUGGGGCAGUGGCCAAGGCCAGGCAGACGUGUUGGGACCCUGUCCGGGAACCCUGAUGCUGCACCCCAGCUCAGGUCUGCGUCCUCAGCACCUGCCUCUCAAGGAAACUUGGGAAACGUGCUGACACCCGCCGUCAGCACAGGUGCCAAGUGGGGGACGCUAGCGCCCAGGCCUCCGUGGGACUUCAGCCUUCCCCUGAAGGAGAAGCUGGUGUCCGUCCCCAGGGGAAGGCUCGCAUCCUAGGUUCUGAGCCCCUAUUGACUGUUGACAUUCAAUAAAGUGUUGUCGUGGUCGAACACAAAGCCAGCCUGAGUUGUG